AUGCAAGUGAUAAAUGAUUUGUUUGAUAAUUUUAGGUAUUUAGCUAGUGGAGAUUAUCAAAUUUCCCAAGCCUUUGCAUUUCGAAUGGGUAGAUCAACUGUGUGCACUAUCAUUAAAGAAACUUGCGAAGCCAUUUGGCAUGUGUUGGCAAAAGAAUAUGUGCAGUUUCCAAGCAAAGAGGAAUUUGCCAAUCUUGCUAUGGAAUUUGAAGAACGAUGGAAUUUUCCUCAUUGUGUUGGUGCCAUAGAUGGCAAACAUGUACAAAUGGUUUGCCCUCCAAAUACAGGCUCUUUGUAUUAUAAUUAUAAAGGCAACUUUAGUAAAGUUCUCCUAGCUGUAAGUGAUGCCAAAUAUAGAUUUAUAUAUGUUGAUAUAGGAGGAUUUGGUGGAAGAAGUGAUGGAGGUAUAUUUUCCCAUUCAAGUCUUGGCAGAUCACUGGAAACAGGAAAAUUGGAUUGGCCACAAUCAUCACCAAUAAGUGGAAUGCCUAGUAACCUACCAUAUUUUAUGGUUGGUGACGAGGCAUUUCCAUUAAAAACGUAUUUACUUCGACCAUAUCCUGGCAGACAAUUAACAACGAAAAAAAGAAUAUUUAACUACAGACUUAGCCGAGCUAGACGUGUCAUAGAAAAUACAUUUGGUAUUCUUUCUGCACGUUGGAGGAUUCUAUGCAGAUGCAUUCAAGCUUCUCCAGAAACUGUAGAUAGUAUCAUAAAAGCUUGUGUGUGUCUGCAUAAUUUUGUGAUGACAAAAGAAAGCAAAGUUAANGCGGGAGUGUAUUAA